AUGACAAACCCUUUGGCUAUAUCUCUACCUAAAGGUCACAGCUCCAGUGACGCCGGUAAGCCCUCACGAACUCGCGGCUUGCUUCAGUCCGCGAAGCGCAUACUCUCCCUUUUCCACCCCCGAAGAAUAUUCGAUCACCAACAAAGGUCAGAAGACAAAGUGAAGAUGAGCAACCGGCAAACCAACCAUGAGCUCGUUGUCGUGGGGUCCCAGGCAAGGCUGCCUAUGAAUGGCCGUGGGCCCACAGUGAACCGACGGCCACAGCUUCACGAGUCGAACCGAAACCAUGAUGUACGGCUAUAUCGUCCCGCAAUGGACGACCAGAAUAAUCACUCAGACAUCCCAACGUACGACAACCCCGAUUCAUACAGAAUUGAGAUUUCCAGCCGGAGAACUGACGGUCGCAACUCCGAUUCCGCUUCGUCAAGUAGCAGGAUAAGCGCAGCAGUGUCUCCAGGACUAUCCACCCAAGCCAGCACUGAUCAAACAACCCCAUUGGACCCACAUACCGAAUUAAGACUACCUGGUGAUGAUGAAUAUAUUCGAGCGACGUCUCUGGACCGCAUCUCUCAGGUGAACCUCUCCCCGGUUUCAACGAACAGCGAGUAUAGCGAGGAGGUAUUCAUGGUCGGCAGCAACCCUACAAACAAGGUUUCGGCAUUGAUGGCACUGGAUACACAAGCAUCAGCCAAUUUGAUGGAUGUUGAGUUACAGCAGGAGUUGGAACUGAUGAUGGAGCCUUGCGAUCAGGAACUCGUCCCAUUGCAGACCAAAACCGGCAAGGACAGAAUCAAGCCGUUUGGCAUCGCGAAGGACGUCUCAUGGCAUUUUGCACAACGUGAAAAGACAUUUACCAGUGACUUCCUGGUUGUGGAUAUGAAGAACUAUAAUGCCAUCUUGGGAAGGAAGGAUAUCAAGAAAUUGGAGAUCCUCAAAUCUGGACCUGGCCUUGAACGCCGUACGACAAUCCGGAUGUCCCGCGCCUGA